AUGGCGGAAGAGAAGAGCUUCAAGUAUGUGAUCGUCGGAGGUGGUGUCUCCGCCGGAUACGCGGCGAGAGAGUUCUCUAAGCAAGGUCUCAAGCCCGGUGAGCUUGCAAUCAUUUCCAGGGAACAAGUGCCUCCAUAUGAACGUCCUGCACUUAGCAAGGGAUAUAUCAACCUCGAGAAUAAAGCUACACUCCCGGGUUUCUAUGUCUGUGCUGGAAGUGGGGGAGAGAAACAGCUGCCUCAAUGGUACAAAGAGAACGGGAUCGAGCUGCUUCUGGACACAGAGAUCGUCAAAGCAGAUCUUGCUGCAAAGACUCUCGUCACUGGCACUGGACAAGUCUUCAAGUACCAAACUCUCCUAGCUGCAACUGGUUCUUCCGUCACAAGGCUGUCAGAUUUUGGCGUCCAAGGCGCAGAUGCUAAGAAUAUCUUCUACCUAAGAGAACUUGGCGAUGCUGAUGAACUCGUGAACGCAAUGAACGCAAAGAAGAACGGAAAAGCUGUGGUUGUUGGUGGCGGUUACAUCGGUCUUGAACUCGGUUCUGCUCUCAAGGUCAACAACCUCGAAGUUACAAUGGUUUAUCCAGAGCCUUGGUGCAUGCCUCGGCUUUUCACCGCCGGCAUUGCUUCGUUCUACGAGGGUUACUACGCCAACAAAGGAAUCAACAUUGUCAAAGGCACCGUUGCAGCCGGUUUCAGCACCAACUCAGAUGGAGAGGUCACUGAGGUGAAACUGAAGGACGGAAGAACGUUAAAGGCUGACAUAGUGAUCGUAGGUGUCGGUGCUAGACCUAUCAUAUCACUCUUCAAAGGCCAAGUUGAAGAGGAGAAGGGUGGUUUGAAGACUGAUGCAUUCUUCAAAACAAGCGUCCCGGACGUGUACGCCAUUGGUGAUAUAGCCACCUUCCCAAUGAAACUCUACAACGAAAUGAGACGUGUUGAACACGUUGACCAUGCUCGCAAAUCCGCUGAACAGGCUGUUAAGGCGAUCAAAGCUGCUGAAGAAGGGAAGUCGAUUCCUGAAUAUGAUUAUCUUCCAUACUUCUAUUCUCGAGCCUUUGAUCUCUCGUGGCAAUUCUAUGGCGACAACGUUGGAGAAACCGUAUUGUUUGGAGACAAUGACCCGAAGUCGCCUAAGCCGAAGUUCGGGAGCUACUGGAUCAAAGAAGGGAAAUUGAUUGGAGUGUUUUUGGAAGGUGGAACUCCUGAAGAGAACAAGGCUAUUGCUAAGGUUGCACGAGUACAGCCUUCUGUUGAGAGCCUUGACGUGUUGUCUAAGAAAGGUCUUUCCUUCGUCAGCACGAUAUAA